AUGGCGAGCACAUCUUCUUUCAUAAGCCAUCCGGGUGGUCGUCCGAGGCAAUAUCGUACCCCUUCMCCCCCGCGACGCGCUGUCGAGCCAAUAUCUCCCGCCUUCAAAUCCGAACGCCAGUCGUUCUGGAACGAUCGCAGCGCCUUUUACCCGCGGGACUACAAUGAACAUUCAUACAAUCCGCCGAGUGAUCAACAUCGGCAAUCAAUUGGAGCUAGUCAUACUCGUCCCUCGUACGGCAGCCAGGUUGUACAUCCCAAAGCCGGCCAUGGUCACCAUCGAGCCAGCUCGAGUAUUGAAACCCUUGCGAACAUUGCGCUGGCCACAAGUCCAAGGUUUCAAUCCCUUUCGUCUGAUCCCCCCAGAAAUUCAAACCAUACAGAAUCCCCGCCCUUAUUUCCAUCUACCGAGACCGAGUUUGAUCGACCUGCUAAACGCGCGCGGUCAGAAAAGUCUUCGCCUGCAUUCCAACAUGUCGACGCACGGCCAUCAACAAGCCAUGUUACUGCAGUACCUGACAGUAUGAAGACUGAUGCCGAACUCCUCCUGAACUUCGCCCGCCCGACUAAUUUUGCAUCCCCUCAACAAUAUUCCCAAUCCUCCAAUAGCUUCGAACAGUCGCUGAAUCAGUUCGCCAUUGAUCAGAGAUUACCCGCAGGCAAUAGUACCACCACGACAUUUCCUGGCUUCAUAGCAAGCGCGCUACCACUAUCUGGUAGUAAUCAAUCACCCUCGCGUUUACGGUCACAUUCGGACGGGUCGGCAGCUAUUGCGCGGCCAGUUGUCCCUGAACUUCGGCCAAACACAAGUUCGUCAACGUUACCGGGGUCUUCUUGGGAGAGGGGCACUUUUCGAAGCCAUAACGACGUACAAGAUCCGUUGUGUCAUCUGCCGGAUGGAGACAAACCCAUAACAAAGCCAUCGAAUCGCCGCUCUACCAUUACUGGCCAAGCCAUGGAGGCUGUUCCAGAGAUCAAAGAGGGGAAAGUAACGCCAGAGGAAACCGCGCCGGCGAAUUGUGCAGCGUGUCAUCUAGUACGCAUGGAUGUUAACAGCGAAGAUCAAGGGGAAGAUACGUGGAUCAAAUGCGACGGCUGUGAAAGCUGGUACCAUAUCGUCUGUGCUGGUUUCAAGAAUGACCGCGAAGUACGCACAGUUGACAAGUUCAUCUGUCGAAAGUGUCGACCAGUCCAUGGUCAAACAACCUUUGUACGCAAAUCGUCUCGCGCAAGGACAGCCAUCGACUAUGCGGGUCUCAACCAGGGUCUCGUCAAGACUUCUACCGACUCAUAUGAACACCAUUAUAUCCAGCCUAUCAAAGAUGGAAGGAUACAAUUCUUACCCGAAAGCUUUCCCCGUAUGAGAGCGGAAUUGGUGACUGCCGAAUUCUUCGAACGAGGUGUCGGUAUGACAGAGCCCAUCGUGAUUCCUGCUGUCCUCAAUCCCCGUUCUUCUAUCGAUACUUCUGAGUUAGAUUCCGCUUUCGAUAGUAUUGCAGGCGAAGCCUCGACACAGGAGAUGUUCGACGAAAUACUUGAGAAUCAGUCAGGCGACCCUGAACUGGUUAUCGAUUGUGGACAAGACGUGUUAGACAUGGUCGUCCCACAGGGUCUGACAGUACGCGCAGUCGCCGAGCUCUAUGGCCCCGAGGAAAGAGUUGAAGUUAUUGACGUCAAAUCCCAACAAGGCGAGGAUAAGAGGUGGAAUAUGCAGAAAUGGGCCGAUUACUAUGAGAGCACUGGCAAGAAAAUUGUACGGAACGUUAUCAGCUUGGAAGUGUCGCAAAGCCCGCUGGGAAAGCUAAUUCGACGACCGAAAAUCGUUCGCGAUCUCGAUCUUCAAGACUCUGUUUGGCCGGCGGAGCUCAAAGCCGUUGGCGAGUACCCGAAAGUGCAAUUUUACUGCUUAAUGUCGGUUGCAGAUUGCUAUACAGACUUUCACAUUGAUUUUGGUGGUUCCUCUGUCUACUACACAAUUCUCAAGGGCAAGAAAACAUUCUUCUUCAUACCCCCAAAAGAAAAGCAUUUGAAGAAGUAUGAAGAGUGGUGCAACUCUCCAGCACAAGACACAACUUUUCUAGGAGAUCAAACUAAAGAGUGCUACCGAGUUGACUUGGAAGAAGGAGACACCAUGCUUAUACCAGCCGGUUGGAUUCAUGCUGUGUGGACGCCGGAAAACAGUCUUGUCAUUGGAGGCAACUUCCUUACACGCAUGAACUAUGGUAUGCAGAUCAAAGUCGCGAAAAUCGAAAAGGAUACAAAAGUUCCACGCAAGUUCAGAUAUCCUUUCUUUCAAAAGAUUCAAUGGUACACUGCAUUGAAGUAUCUGAAUGAUGACCCUAUUCCCGAGUCCGUGCUCGAUGCAUUCUCUCGUGACGAGCACUAUCGAUUUUAUCGGCAAUUUCCGAUUUACUACGAAUUUGGAGAAAGAGAAAAUCGCUCGGCUCCGGGCUCUACAUACUAUAACGCUCGUUUUUAUUCACAAGCAGAACUAGAAGGGUUGCCUGAACUUUUGAGAUAUCUUCUUCGAACUGCACUCAUUGCUGGAGGAUAUUCGGUUGACGGUGUUACUGUAGAGGCAAGAAACGCCGUCAAACGCUCUAUUCCUAAGAUGCAGGGAGACCCCCUCGAAGUCGCCAAGAAGUUCGCGAUUUGGAUAGCGUGGAAACGAGGAAACGAGAAUGCAGCUUCAUGGACUCGCCCUGGCGCAAUAUCCAGUACAUUCAAGAUCGAUCAGGUGGAGAAAAGACCGGCCGGGCGCCCGAGUCGUCGAUCCGAGCGACAUGCAGAUUCUCACAAGAUGUAUGCUGAAAGGCAGAGUUUGCAACUUGUAGCUGAACAACCGCCGGAACCACAAGAGGCCCUCUCGAGGUCAACCCCGAAUCCUCCUGAUGACAUUGCGCUCAUUCCUCAGCUUCAACCCGUUCCGAUUCCCGUCACUCCGGCUUCCGGUGCUCCAGCUAUCACUGCUCCGAUCACUACUACGCCGACCGUCCCUACUCCUACCUCCACAAAUUUGAACCUCACAGAGGAAGCGUCCAAGCCUCGAACUACAAACAAAGGCUCAGGGCUGGGACCGAAGCGUGUGGCUUGCGAUGCAUGUCGUAAACGAAGAAUACGUUGUCGGCAUAAAGAUGAGCAAGGCGAUGGCUUACCGCUAGGAGUCUCGCCCAACCCAGCUCCAUCGGGAGCUAUGUUUGACCCUGUCGAUCCACAACGACAGUCCAUUCUAGCGCAUGACGCAGCUUCUGUACUAAAUGCGCUGGCUGCUGUUGCCACAGAGUCGACUCUUCAGGAUGGCGGCGAUCUCUUGCCUUAUACCGGUGAUGGUUUCUCUCGGGACAAUGUCGGCUUCUUGAGUGGCAUCUCACAAUCUGCAUUUCCGCGCCCGGUGGAAGGAUCUGUCCACGGUACUAAUGGCGGAAAGAAGGGAAGAAGUAAGGCAUGUGAUGAAUGCCGUAAAAGCAAGCGUCGUUGCAUUCACGAUGAAUAUGGCAGAAUUGAUCCAGUCAAAGCACAGGAGCGGUCAAAACCUCGCGCGACAUCGUCAACGAAACGGCCUAGGCCGAAUGAAGACGGUAUAGAUCCGGUGGCAAAUAAGAAGGCCAAAGCAGACGCAAUAGCUCCUGCCCCCUUCGACAACAUCAACUAUACUGGAUUCGAGAAGGAUCAAAUCAUUCCAGCUUACGUUUCCGUAUCUGAUGCACAUCCCCUAGACGAGGAGCAAUACCAUCAGGAGUAUUACAAAUAUGACCCCGAUGGGCUGUCGACGGUUCAUUCCCCACCGGAGGAAAGGUUCGAUCAAUCAGUAAAUGUUGAACCAGCAGACAUCUCUUGUGUCCUCUCGCCUAAUCCGAAGAUCAACGGAGAUGCCGCCACGCCUACGCCGCACACGCAAACUAAUCUUCAAUUAGCAAAUCCGUUAGCAUCGCCACCUACUUCACUUUCAGGUGAAACAGAGCUAUUAGCCUCGCAGCAUCCAAACGAGGAACUUCAUGGCAGCAGCGUUAUUGUUGAGGGCGAGCAUGAGGUACUACAUACACCGAACUCCAGUUCACGUCACUCUUCUCGUCAACCACGCCAGGUUGAUCGGUACGCCACAGAACAACAAGCAGGAACCAAGCCGAGUACAGUAUCAAAGAAGGCGGCGACUGGUUCAACUCGACAACCUGCGAAGGCCUUGUCGACAACAUCAGCUCAUAGCAAGAAAUCAACUUCGCGGCCCUCUUCAUCCCACACCAAGAAGAGCGCCUCGCCUAGCCUGGAGAAAAAGUUAGCACAUUCAUCAACGACAUCUCCUAGCAGUAGCAAGAAUGUGAAACGCGAACGAACCAGUUUUACGGCCGAUGAUACUACAGACGCGGAUGCUGAAAGUCUGAGGCUGAUCAGAGAAUUGCAAGAACAGGACUUUGGCCUUCGACGAAGAGCUGCACGUGUCUAG